AUGUGGGCCCGUCUUGCUCUUCUUUGCAGCGGUUCUUGUUUAGGCAUCGCUCAGGCAGCAGAAGGGCAGUUUCAAGUGGCUUCAGAGGCGAACAGCAGCUGGAGCUCCGCCUUGGUUGGCACUUUGUUCAUGAUUAUUUGCUCCGAGCUUGGAGACAAGACCUUCUUAAUCACCGCCAUUCUCUCCAUGCGGUGCGCAAAAUCGAGUAACUCUACGAAGGCUCAGGCGGGACAAAAGAAGCUGGGCAGUCGGUGGCACGUCUUCGCUGGGGGGUUCCUUGCGCUGGCGCUGAUGACUGUAAUGGCUGCUGCAGGCGGCCAACUCCUCCCGCUGCUGCUGCGGCAAGAGCUGCGAACCAUCUUCAUGAUUUGUCUCCUUGUCAUAUUCGGAGCCAAGAUGCUCCACGAGGCUGCAGUCUACAACGAAACCGCAGAGGAGGCCGAGGAGCUGAAGGAUCUAUGCGAGAGUGAGGAGUCAGUAAAUGGGUCCAAGCUGUUGCGCCUUGCACGUACCUUCUUCAGUCCCGUAUUCCUACAGACGCUUUUUCUGCACAAGCAAGAAGCAACGGAAACUGUGGUACCCAGAGAGUGGUAUGCUGCAUGCGAGUGCCCUGCAGGAGCCAUUCUCGGGCAUGGGCUCUGCACCGCUCUGGCUGUUGUGGGGGGCAACGUCUUGGCGAAACGCAUCUCUGAGCGUGUUGUGCUGGUGCUAGGAGGGAUCUGCUUCCUGUCUUUUGCUGCAUUUACGGCUGUGGGGGAGUUCUACGGUCUGUAA